AUGCUGUCUUCAAACCCUGACGCCUGCACCUCUCCCAACCCCGAAGGGGAGAACUCAAGUAAGAGGGUCCAGUGGGCUUCUGGGAAGAGGAGGACGUCAUCCACAGACUCAGAGUCAAAGCCCCUCGCCGACCCCUCCAAAGUGCCCAGGUCCCGGAGACCGAGCCGGCUGACGGUGAAGUAUGACCUCGGGCAGCUCCAGCGCUGGGUGGACCUGGAGCAGUGGGUGGACAAGAAGCUUCAGGAGCUCUUCCAGGAUCAACCAACCUCUUCUGAGCCGGAGAUUGACCUGGAAGCUCUCAUAGAACUAUCCACAGAGGAGCAGAAAACUCAUUUGGAGGCUCUUCUCCGAGACUGUCCCCGCCCCACAGAGCCUUUUAUCUCCGAACUGCUCAGUCAAAUCAAGAGACUCCGGAGACUCAGUCGGCCUCAGAAAUAG